AUGUACUUGGAAUCAUUUCAUAAAGUAUUAAAACACAUAUAUUUGGAAGGAAAGAGAGUAAAACGUUUGGACAAAACAAUUAAUGCUCUGAUUAAAUAUUCCAGAGAUAGUCUAUACAAACGUUUGAUUAAGUUGUCAAAAAAUAUCCCUACUGAAAAAGUCCAAAGAGUACGUCAAAGUCAUAACUCAAGUAAAUUAAUUAAACUAGAACAAAUACAAAUUGUGGAAAACAAAAAAGUAUAUAUUAUCAGAUCAUUAUCCAAUCCCUCACAGCAGCACUAUAUUAUAAAAACUGAUGAAACAUGUACACAGUCAUCAUGUUUGAAAUGCAAAAAGUGUGAUAUUUGCAUUCACACUUUUCAAUGCUCUUGUAUUGAUAAUGUUAUAAAAGCAAAUAUUUGUAAACACAUACAUGCUUGUGCUCGCGAGUUUAUAAGUUUAGAUGGCAAUACUGAAAAUACUGUUUUUCAAGACUCAGAUAUGACAGAGCAAAAAAAGUUAAUGGAUAUGGUUGCAACUUCUAGUCACCAUAAAGCUCACAAAAAUCAAACAAUCAUAAGCCAAACACAAAUGAUUUUGGGUCUGAGUUCAACAAAUGAAUAUAGUAAUGAAAACUUACAAAAAAUUGAAAAAAAGUUGGCAGAAGUUUUAGCAAUCAUGAAUGAAGGAGGACAAACUCACUUAAAAACAGUUGAAGAAGUCAAUGUUCAAAGGAAAAUAGAUCCACAGCUUCGGCUUUAUUCAACAAAAAAGAAAUCCAGCAAAACAUCAAUAGCAAAGCCUUCUGUAAAUGAAGUAAAUGCAAUUAUUUCUGGACUUAAAGAUGACAAUAAUGAGACUAUAAAUGUUCAUAAUGUAUUUGAUCAUUCAUAUUCUUAA